AUGAGUAGUAUCGAGAAGAUAAAUAUUGAGAGACGCUCAAAGCCGUGCGCACAACCACCGACAGCCGAGCAAAACGAUGAGCAGAUUUCAGGCUUAGUUACUCCACCAGCGGAUGGUAGCUCCAAUGCCUCCUCAUCAGGCUCAUCGUCAAAUGACUCGGAACAUACCGAAUCAGAUUUCGUCUCUGCUCAAGGGGACGACGAAGCAACAGUUGCGCAAAGCCUUAUCACUGAAUCCAACAUGGGGAGCGUUGUUAGCACACCAGUAUCGAGUUCGAAGUCAAACUCUCAGAAUGAGGCAUCGCUGUCUAUCGUCUCACCAGAAAGAGCACAGAAGGCAGCUUCGUCGCAGCUUCCACCGUUGACUCUUCCCCCAGGUGGGUUUGGGGCAUCUGAUAAGUUAUUCGUAUCCGGAAACUACGAUUUCACAUUCACUCAGCCUUUCGAGCCCUCGAAACCAAGCUCGACCACAACGAAUCGUAAAUCUUCUUUGAAAGAACAUACAAAUCCGGACGCCACCAGGUCAGAGUCAUCAGCGCAGGAUGCUGCACCGAAGCUGUCACCACCUCCCUACCCUUCAGCAUCAUCGUCACAUGCUAGGCCUACAAACACACUCGCUGCAUCUAGCGAAUUGGUUCUCCCUAAACCUGCGCAAGAUCAGCCCUCAGCAACUGUCACCGAAGAGAAUAAGCCCCAGAUUCGCCACGCUCCAUUACAGAGCGUUCCGGGCCCGAACUCACGACCGAUUGCAGCUUUACCGACCAGAAGAAAACCAGCAACACUCACAACAUCUGGAAAUACUGCAUCGCAAGCGCCAGCGACGCAGUUGCCGGUCUCCUCAUCCUCUAUAUCCCGCACAUCAGCAAAGGCCCCCACGAUACAAACACCAGCAUCGCAAGUUUCGGCAACUGUACCAAAGCAAUCGGGGCCUGCAUCUUCAUUGCCGUCACAAGCCCUCCCUAAGACAGCAUCUUCAGUCCCAAAUAAUGGUACUGCAGGGAGUAAUCGCCCAGUCUCAGCAUCCGGCCAAGGAGUUCGCAUGGCUCAGUCAUCCCGCUCAUUACCGCUACCCGCGAAAAGUGAUCGACAGGAUUUUGAAUUGGAUCUCAGUCUUAUGGACAGUCUCGUUCCUAACAAGUUCCAAUCCGAUAACGCUGAUGCGACUAUUGAAGGUGUUAUGAGAGAUAUCAAGCACGCGCCGUUGCUAUCGGCCCCUGUGGUCGCUCAGCACGUGAAAGACUUGGUCCCGCAAUUCGGCUUCAUCGGUAAUCACCGGGACGAAGCGGGACAUGCCGUUAAGCUGUUCUACAACACCAAUGUGCCUUUGUCCGCAUUCAUAUGCGGUGUUCAAGGAAGUGGUAAGAGUCAUACUACAGCUUGCUUGCUCGAAAAUGCUUUGAUUCCAUCCAAGAACCUCGGCCGUUUGGAAGCGCCUGCUUCUGCAUUAGUCUUCAGCUAUGGAAGUUGGAGCACUGGCGGAGCAGGUUUCAGCGUCAGUGAAGCUGUGCAUCUGGCUCGUGCGCAGCCCGAAUAUCCUGGCCAAAACGUACGAAGAAUCACUGUGUUGGUUUCCGCACACAAUGGAGCGAUCAGAAGCUGUUACGAGGAUCCCUCUCGUAACAUCCGCGUGAUUCCAUUCAGACUCAACGCCCGGGCUCUCGACAUCACCGGUUUGCGUGCACUGAUGGGUAUUGGAGAUAAGAGCCCCCCACUCUACAUGGGCCAGGUCGAAAUGGUACUCAUGAAAAUGUCAUCCGCGAGCAAAGAUGGACGACUCGACUACAAGUUGUUCACCAAAGAAGUUAAGCGGAUAGAUCUAAACGAUGCACAAUCGCAAGCCUUGAAACAACGUUUAGCGAUGCUUGAGUCCUUCCUCGAUCUGGACGGCAAGGCGGCGGAGCCAGAGUUUCUUCCAGGCGAGAUGAUUAUCAUGGAUCUGUCCGAUGCUUUCAUGUCAUCGAGCACAGCCUGUGUUCUCUUCAAGCUGGGCUUGGACCGCUUUCUGGAAUCUCCUGUCAAGAGUAAGAUGGUAGUGUUGGACGAAGCGCACAAGUACAUGUCCGAUAGUCCAGGAUCCAAAUUUCUCGCAGACAGUCUCGACCACACGAUCCGCUUCCAGCGGCACUUGGGUACCCGUAUGAUCAUUUCUACUCAAGAACCGACCGCGUCCACAGAUCUUAUUGCGCUUUGCAACAUGACCGUCAUUCAUCGCUUUACGAGCCCUACCUGGUAUGCCGCACUCAAGAGACAUGUCAGCGCCCUUGACAGCAACGACGACAAGGCUCUCAUGCAGCGGAUCGAGGGAUUGGAAACCGGAGAAGCGCUUGUGUACUGUCCGAGCACUGUACUCGCGAAGAAUGACGACGGAAGUUUAGAAAAGGCUACGGGCCAACUGCUUAAGAUCAACAUUCGGAAAAGGAUAACGGAAGACGGUGGCGAGUCGAUCAUGGCCGUGUGA